UCGGUCCAGGGGUGGUGGGCAGCGGCGGUCCAGGGCUUCGCGUGGUGCCAGGAGUCGGGCGUGCCGCAGCCCCUCGCCCUCUUGGAUCCCCUGUCCUCUUCCCCCUUCCCGCCCCGGCCCGCAGUGCGAGGCUGGGAACCGCCGCCCGGGUCCGCGCCGUGCUGUCUCUGAAGGGCAUAAACCAGGGCCCAACAUGAGUCCUAAUAAAGAUGCCAGCAGUCUCAGCAGCUCGGACGCAGGGCUCGUCUGUCUCCCGCCAGUCUCCGAGGAGCUACAGCUUGUGUGGACUCAAGCCAUCCAAACCCGUGAGCUGGAUGGAAAUGAGCACCUGCUUCAAGCCUUCAGCUACUUCCCCUAUCCAAGCCUGGCAGACAUCGCUCUCCUCUGCCUGCGGCAUGGGCUGCAGAUGGAGAAGGUAAAGACCUGGUUCAUGGCCCAACGUCUCCGCUGCGGCAUCAGCUGGUCAUCUGAAGAAAUAGAAGAGACUCGCGCCAGAGUGGUGUACCACCGAGAUCAACUCCUUUUCAAGUCUCUCCUCUCUUUCACACAUCAGUCAGUGAGGCCCCCACAGGAGAAGCCUCCAGUGCUCCCUCCGGAGCAGGUUGCUCUUGGGCUGAGUCCUCUGGCGCCUAGUGAGCCCAUUAAAAUGAAAGGAUUGAAGGCAGAGCCUGAGGAGCCCUCUCAGGUAUCACAGCUGCCACUGAAUCAUCAGAAAGUUAAGGAGCCUCUGAUAAUGGGCAGCAGAACGUUCCCCCACCAAUCAGAUUGUCAGGAUCUUCAGAUCAGCGGCCUCUCUAAGGAGCAGGCAGGCAGGGGUCCUGACCAGUCAUGUGGUGGAAAGACUGCUUCCUGGAAUCACUCAACAGCUGUCCAUCAACCAGAUAAGCCCGCAUUGAUCUCAUUACUUGAUAAUAGUUGUAAGGAGGAAUCCGAACCUAGCGGGACACCUCCAUCUUCCUCUACCUCUUCUCCCUCUUUCCAGGUAUUGGCUAAUGGAACCACUGCCACCCCUAAGCCCCUCCAGCCUUUGGGUUAUAUCUCACAGUCAUUCUCACCUAGUGAGAAGGCACUGUCUCCACAAGUAGAACCACUCUGGCCCCAAAGGCUACGGAAUAACUCCGAACCAAAUCUGGCUGGCCCCACAGAAUACCUUUCCCCAGAUAUGCAACACCAGCGAAAGACUAAGCGGAAAACCAAAGAACAGCUGGCCAUCCUCAAGUCCUUUUUCCUACAGUGCCAAUGGGCACGACGAGAAGAUUACCAUAAAUUAGAGCAGAUCACUGGUUUACCUCGCCCAGAGAUCAUUCAGUGGUUUGGUGACACACGAUAUGCCUUGAAGCAUGGACAGCUGAAAUGGUUUCGGGACAAUGCAGUACUUGGUACCCCUAGUUUUCAGGAUCCAGCCAUUCCUACACCAUCAACUAGUUCCUUGAAAGAAUGGGCCAAGACACCACCUCUACCAGCCCCACCGCCCCCACCAGAUAUACGACCUUUGGAGAAGUACUGGGCAGCCCACCAGCGGCUGCAGGAAGCUGAUGUCCUUAAACUGAGUCAGGCAUCAAGACUAAGCACUCAGCAAGUGUUGGACUGGUUUGACUCUCGAUUGCCUAAGCCAGCAGAAGUGGUAGUUUGUCUAGAUGAAGAAGAAGAGGAGGAGGAGAUUGAUGAAGAACUGCCAGAAGAUGGUGAGGAAGAAGAGGAGGAGGAGGAGGAGGAGGAAGAUGAUGAUGAUUAUGAUGGUGAUGAUGUAAUCAUAUGGGACUGAGGGAGGCUGAGGCAAAGAGGAGUCUAUUAGUGACUGUUCAAACCUUUUUGAAAUUGCUCUUGUAAAAAGUUUCAUGUUCUUGAGUAGGCAAAGCGGGUAAUCUGCAGUAAACUGGAGAGGGUGACCAGGAUAAGCUGAAGUAUUGGAUCACCAUAAAUCCAAUUCUCCAGCCUCUGUGUAGAGAGAGUUUGGGAUCUGGGCAGAUACUGGCUGAAAAGAGCUCUUGCUUUGCUCUUGUGUCAUGUCUCAGCCCCACAUCUACAGGGAACCUGAAUGGAGAGAAGUAUUGUGAUCCAAUUGAUCCCAGUGCACCCCAGUAUCUGUCAGAAACUCCUUGUGCCUGACUUUCUGAGCACAUGUUCAGGCACACUGCAGCUAGUGUUUGCAGGGUCUUGGCUUUGUAACAGACACAUCCUCAGGCCCCUGAUGAUGUCUUACUCGAUUUGUCACUAAUUCACAGCAGACUGUUCUUGUUUUUGACACUGGGACCAAUCUGCUCUCUACCAUUUUAUUUCUAUGAAAUCCCCUCUUUGCUUACUAUUGUCUCAGGGUAAAUCUUUACAUACAGAGUUUGUGAAACUUUUUAAUAAUCAGAGUGUGACUAUUAGCCUGUGUAUUUAUUGGAGGUGGGGAUGAGCCAGGCAUAGUGACUGUGACUAUUAUACUUGGCAGGUAGAGGCAGGAAGAUCAAGGAGUUCAAGGUCAGCCUUGACUACAUAUGAAGUUAAAGGCCAACCUGGACUAUGUGAGACUCUGUUUUGAAACAUAACAGUGUGUCAGAGGAAAAGGGCGGUGGGAUAGUUACAGGUUUGGAUUUUCAAACCUGGCACUACUUUCUGCCCAGAUUGAUAUAGAUUGUUAGGUUGGUUUUUUAAUUAUUUUUUCCUAUUUUACUAGUGUUUCAGUUUGUAUCUAACAAAAGAUGUUUCCCUCUUUAUAGGAUCUGUCUUGUGGACAGAAGGACCAUGGUCUUCUAACUCAAUGAUGUUCUAGAACUGGGAAUCACUGGUAACAAUUGGUUAGUCAUCUGAAAAUAGAGUGCAGGACCCAAAUUGCUUAGUAAUAAAAAAAGGCCAAAAAUAAAA